GAGAAACAAGAAUCCUCGCGUGAUUUCAGGAUUCCGGAAGUCAGAGCGGCGUGAGAGAAGGAGCUGUCCGAGGUGCUGACACCAUUCGGUACCAUGGAUGAAUAUGUAGAGUCUUGUGCUGGUUUGACAACCCCCCACAACCCUGGCUGCAGCCAUUCCUGCAGUGAAACUGGCAGUGCUCCACAAUGCAACGGGGUCUCAGAGCGGCGAACGCUGUUGCGGGUGUCUGAGUCUCAUGGAUUGCAGCUUCUAGGCGUGCUGAGAUCACUUAGGGAACGAAGCUUGCUGUUUGACUUCACCAUCAAGGUCCAAGAUCACAGCUUCCCAUGUCAUCGCUGUGUUCUCGCAGCAUGUAGCGAUUUUUUUAGGGCCAUGUUUGAGGUGGAAAUGCGAGAGUGUGGCGAUGGUUCAGUAACACUGGGAAAUCAGUGUUCAGUUGCUGUGGGUUCUUUUCUGGACUUCGCCUACUCUGGAGAAGCACUCAUUACUGAUAGCAACGUAGACAUGUUGUUUCAGCUUGCUACUUUUCUGCAGGUGUCUGUCCUGUCAAAAGCAUGCAGUGACUUCCUGAUAGAAACCAUGGAUGUUUGUAACUGUCUGUCGCUCUUGUCCUUGGCUGAGGCGUAUGGUUCAGCUUCUCUCCUGCGUAGUGCCAAUGAGUUUGUGAUUCAGAACUUUUCUGACCUAUCCGAAACCCAAGACUUCUUGGACAUGCAGGUUAACGUCUUGGAGGCCUGUUUAAGAUCAGAUGCUCUGAACGUGCCCAGUGAGGAAGCAGUUGUGAUGUCACUUCUUAGAUGGGUUCGUCAUGAUCUGCGAGGAAGGCCGAAGUUGCUGCCAGGAUUGUUGUCUCUAACCCGACUUCACCACCUGCCUAAACCUGCGCUCAAGACGCUGCAUGAUUCAGACACUCUUCUUUGUGAUAAUGAGGCCUGUCUUGCACUGCUAUCAGAGGCCCAGAGCAGACAGACUCAGUACAAUGGACUACUCAGUGAUGCCAGAUCCGCCACCACUCAAAGCUACAUAUACAUCCACAAGACCGAGGAGAAUGACGCAAUCUGCCACAAUUUCUGCUACUGUCUGGAAACAGACCAGUGGAAAGAGCUAGGAACAGAAGGGACAACCUCAAUGCCAGAUCCACCGGGAUCAUACCUUGCCAGCUUUGCCGAGAAGAUGUUUGUCACAGGUGGUUGCAAAGGUAACUGUUGCCGGUCAGUUCGCCUCCAUGUAGCUGAACCAUGCCACAAUGCCACUGACGAGGUUUGGUGUUUCUGCCCGGUGGCAUUAACCUGCACCGCUGCACCAGCCAUGCUGAAGCCUAGAACAAUGCACACAGCUAUGACCUGCAUGGACCGAAUGUAUGUCAUUGGGGGUCGGACCAAGGGCCCCAGAGGGGAGGCUCCUACUCUUCUGGAGGUGGAGUAUUAUAAUCCUCUGACUCAGACCUGGUUCUCUGUUAGCCCACUGCCCAGUGCCAUUUUCUACCCAGAGGCCAGUGCUUGUGGUAGUAUUAUCUAUACACUGGGGUCAGAGGUGGAAAUCACGGACUCCUUUAACCCCUCACUUGACUGUUUCUUCAGCUACGAUGCCCAGGAAGAUCAGUGGAGCCGUCUGAUGGCAGAGUUUGGCCAGUUCUUCCAUGCUACGCUUGUCAAGGCGGUGUCAAUAAAUAAUACACUGCACCUUUGUGACCUGUCCACCUAUAAGGUUUAUAGUUUCUGUCCGGAGACCUGUGUGUGGAAAGGCGAAGGGUCAUUUGAAUGUGCUGGGUUCAACGCUGGAGCUGUGGCUAUGAGAGACAGAAUAUACAUUCUGGGUGGAGACUACUCACCUGAUGAAAUCACUGAUGAAGUGCAGGUGUUCUAUAGUGGGAGGAGUCAGUGGGAGGAAGUUGCACCUAUGCCUAAAGCGCUCACUGAGUUCCACUGCCAGCUCAUCAGCUUUAACAGAUACAGAGACCCAUGGGGCGACACAGAAUAAUUCACCGAAGAUGCACUUACACACAUCCAUGCAAUAGAUAUAUCAGGGGAUUUUUGGUGAGUGUGUGAAUGGAUCUCCUCUUGCUUUCAAACUUGUGCACAUCUUGGACGGCUAACGCCUUUUGACGGAACCACAAUCACAAUUUUGUCAUCUACUAACACAAUGUUUCUUCUUAAAAAUAAUUACAGGAGCACUUAAGUCAAAUAAUUUAUUUAUUUUUCUAUUUCAAGCAUCUCAAGUUUUUAUUUUUGGAAUAUUCAUACAGCCCCUCCUAUGGAGGAACAGUAUUUAGCUAUUUAGAAAUCCUAUUUUGAUAACAGAAUAUUAUAAUAAUUUAUUUUCAGA